AUGGCGAAAAAGUCCAAGAAAGAUAAAGAGGCCAAAAAGGCACGUUCUGAGCAGAAAAAUCAAAAAAACCAAAAGAAACAAGAGAAAAAGUUUCAUAAAAACAAGAACAAGGCUCUGGAUGGCGACGAUGACGAUGAAAGUGACCAAGAUCUUGAUGAGAUUCUUUCUAGUUUUACUAAGAAGCAGACUGAAUUAGAACACGUUGAUAUCACUGCCGUGGAAAGGCCCUCUUGUCGCGUCCAUCCAUUUAUGUUUGGGAAUCCGCAACACAAUAAACAUGAGCUGUUCAUUUUUGGUGGUGAAUUCACGGAUCCAGAGACCAAAUUAACGCACUUUUAUAAUGAUCUGUACGCGUAUUCCAUCAAGAACAACUCGUGGAAAAAAUACGUUUCACAAAAUGCACCUUUGCCUAGAUCCAGUGGUGCCGUUGCUGUGCAUUCUUCAGGCAUAGCUUUGUUGCAUGGUGGUGAGUUCUCUUCUCCAAAGCAAUCCAAGUUUUAUCAUUACUCUGACACAUGGUUGUUCGAUUGCCAUGAAAAGAAAUUUACCAAACUGGAAUUUGGUGGUAGAGAUUCUUCACCUAGUGCGAGAUCAGGUCACAGGAUCAUCGCUUGGAAAAAUUAUUUCAUAUUGUUUGGCGGGUUUAGAGACUUGGGAAGCGGCCAAACCUCCUAUUUGAAUGAUUUAUGGUGUUUUGAUAUUUCGAACUACAAAUGGACCAAGUUGGAGACCAACACCAAACCUGACGCCAGAUCCGGUCAUUGUUUUGUCCCCACGGAUAAUUCUGCUAUAUUAAUGGGUGGUUAUUGUAAGACGAUUGCAAAAAAUAAUAAAAACUUGAUGAAGGGAAAAAUCUUAAAUGAUUCAUGGAAGCUGACUCUAACACCAGAUCCAAAGAAAUGGCAAUGGGAAAAAUUGAAAAAUUUCAAAAAUCAACCUUCUCCAAGAGUAGGCUAUUCGUUUAAUUUGUGGAAACAAAAUAAAUCCGUAGCUUUUGGCGGUGUUUACGAUCUGCAAGAAACUGAGGAGUCUUUGGACUCUAUUUUCUAUAACGAUUUGUACAUGUUUCAUUUAGAAUUGAACAAAUGGUCCAAAUUAAGAAUCAAACCUCAGCGUCACACAAACAAUAGGAAUUCACCCGCUACGAGUAAAAGAAAGUCCAAUAAAGAUCAAGAAAAGGAGUUGCAAGAUUUAUUAAAUUCUAUCCUGGCCAAAUCGAAUCUAAAUGAUGAGGAGGACGACAACGACGACAACACAGCUACCACAACGGGCACCAACUCUUCCAAUGACGAGGGUGAUGACGAGAGUGACAGUGAUUUCGAAAAUCAAGAAAACAUCACCAUAUCAAAUCAAUUGCCACAUCCAAGAUUCAACGCGGCGACCUGCGUAGUGGACGAUUCGUUGUUUAUUUACAGCGGUGUCUGGGAACUGGGCGAGAAGGACUACCCAAUAAACUCGUUUUAUAGUAUAGAUUUGAACAAGUUGGAUGGUGUUAAAGUUUACUGGGAAGACCUAUCUACGGUCGAAGAAGCCAAGAGAUUGGGUGAUAGGGAUUCUGACGAAGAAGAGUUUGAAUACGAAGAUGAGGAUGACGACGAAGAUGACGACGAAGAGGAACCACAGGAUACUAAGCUACUCGAGGACGAGGAAAGUGAGGAAGAAGACGAUGGGCAAGCGCAAAUGGAGAUUCCGGACGAGAGAUCCUGGUUGCCCCAUCCUAAACCAUUCGAAACGCUAAGAGCAUUCUACCUGAGAGAAGGUGCGAACUUCUUAACCUGGUCUAUAUCCAACAACAGAAAUUUGAAGGGUAAACAAUUAAAGACUAAAUCCUUCGAACUUUGUGAAGACCGUUGGUGGGAAAGAAGAGAUCAAGUCACCCUCGAGGAAGAACGUCUGGAGGAUACAGGAGGUAUCAUCGAAAGAGACGUUACUGCCAAACCCUCUAAGAGAAGGUGA